UACAUUUCCGUGAUCACGGGCGUGUCCAACUUCUCAUUAGGCGAACGUAAUUUUUUUCCCGGCUUGCAUUGGGCGCGACUAUCCUUGGCCACGUCUCCGGGCCACGUCGCGCAUUACUCGCCAUUUUCCCAUCCAGACCGUGGAAAACGUCGAUUUAGGUGCCUGACAGACCCUAUAGUAAGGUUUUAAACCUGCAAGUAACGGAGGCUUGAAGGUCGUAUUUGAUUUGACCCGCAUAGGUUCGUUCUAGCGAAGGCACAGCCGCCUGCAGCACCCAGCAGAAUCAUGAACAUUUUCAGACUCACUGGUGAUCUCUCCCAUUUAGCAGCCAUCAUCAUCCUGCUGCUAAAAAUAUGGAAAACCAGGUCCUGUGCCGGUAUCUCUGGGAAGAGUCAGAUCUUGUUCGCCUUGGUGUUCACCAGUCGCUACCUGGACCUGCUCACCUCCUUCAUCUCCCUCUACAACACUACCAUGAAGGUAAUCUACAUUGGCUGCGCGUACGCCACCGUGUACCUGAUCUACGCUAAGUUCAAGGCCACCUAUGACGGUAACCACGACACCUUCAGAGUGGAGUUCCUGGUCGUCCCCGUAGGAGGGCUGGCAUUCCUUGUCAACCACGACUUCUCUCCCCUCGAGAUCCUGUGGACGUUCUCUAUCUACCUGGAGUCGGUGGCCAUCUUGCCCCAGCUCUUCAUGAUCAGCAAGACGGGCGAGGCGGAGACCAUCACCACCCACUACCUGUUCUUCCUGGGCCUGUACCGGGCUCUCUACCUCAUCAAUUGGAUCUGGCGCUUCUACUUCGAGGGAUUCUUCGACAUGAUCGCCAUCGUGGCCGGUGUUGUUCAGACAAUCCUCUAUUGCGACUUCUUCUAUCUGUAUGUGACAAAAGUACUGAAAGGAAAGAAGCUGAGUCUGCCAGCCUAAGUGCCAAAGAUCACCGAUUUGGCAGACUCGCUGGGGGGGUGGCACAUGACAGUUGCCCCCCUCCCAUCCCCCCGCCAGUGUAAGAUGCCUGAGACAGAGCGAGCCGCUCAGUUUGUCCUGUUUUUUGACCACUAUCAGCAACACCUGUUCAGGAGGGUGCAAAUGUCAGAGCGCUCAGAUAGAAAUGUAUUGUAUAGGGCUAGGGAAUUUUCAGCUCUAUUAAUUAUAUUUCCAUCUGCAACGCUUCACCUUGUUGAAUGCAACCCAGAACAAACCCGAAAAGGUCAUCCUGAAGCCUUCGGACUUCUGUUUGAUGCAUCUUGCCUGACCUUUUUUUAUUACUGUAUAAAGGAAGAAAAGUUUUCUAAAUAAAAAUGUGUACUCUGAUGAUUUGACACAUUAGUGAAUGAGCUGAAAACAUAAAUUGCCUGUGAUUUGGCACUGUAAAAUAUUGGCGCGGACUUCGUGGUGGGAUAGUAUUGACUAAAACCAUUUAAGAGUAUUUGCAACCUCAAAUGUACUUUUUUCCUCAAUCCAGAAAGAGGGGAAAUGUAAUGGAGUGUUAUUCCCUUGGCUUUGGUUGGCAAACUUUUUUUGUAUUUUUUUCGCUUUCUGACCCAGUGUACAUUCCUGUAUAAAGACAGCCAGUUACUGUUCAUUCAUGCCCUGGUCAAUACUUAAUAUCCUCCAAAAAGAUUAAACUAAUCAAUUUAAAGUUUGAAUUGACCUGUAACUGUCACCUGUUAUUUGAAAUCUAUCACUUACACCCCCAAAGAGUUUCACUGAAAUACAGUAUCGAUAAACUGCCUUAUCUUCAUUGCUGUAAAUGGCUUUCUUCAUUUAAAUGUACACCAUCAAAUCACCUGUAUCUAUAUUUUACUACCUGAGUAUCAUUUCAAAAUGAGUCCAUUCAUCGGCAAUAUAUAGGCUACCAACUCAGACAUCAGCUCCAUAUGUUUCUUAAUGUCCAUAGAUUAGUCUACAUGAUGUGCAUAUUGUUGAGCUCACUUUAGAAGAUCUGUGGAUCUUUGACACAUGAUUAUGGGCAUUGUUGAAUUGUAACCAGACAUCUGCCUUUACUUAUUUGGCCUCACAUGCAGAUCAUUCCUAUUUUUUUUUUUUUUUACUGAGUUCUUUUGCAUGCUGUUGCCACCACAAAUAAAGAUUUUACGGAAAACA